GAUCAAACGCAUAAUAAUAAUAAUCACGAAUUUCUGAACACUGGUCACCGGUCAAAAGGAAAAGUUAUUUCGAAGUUCUGAUUGUGGAUUAAUGAAAAUGACCCGUCUUUGAUUCGUCGAUUGCCGGUUUGUACCCAGUCAAUCGCUUUAAUUCAAAUGGGAGUUUGGUGUCGAGUAAAAAAUCUUUUAUUUGGCGUGGCUAUUGGACGCACAGUAAUUGACACGUUCGGCUCCGUGGCCAGAGUUGAUGGAAUUUCUAUGCAACCAACGUUCAAUCCAAAUACCACAGUGGACUUUGUGUUCCUAUCGUAUAUUCCAGUGCGAUUUGAUUCUAUUAAGCGCGGUGAUAUUAUUGUAGCCAUAUCACCUAGAAAUCCAAACGAAACAAUUAUUAAGCGUGUAAUUGGUGUUGAAGGUGACGUCGUGGUAUCAAAAAAAAAGAAUAAUACUUCAAAGAUACGAAACUUUAUUCCUAGAGGAUAUUAUUGGAUUGAAGGUGAUCACAAAGGCCACUCAUAUGAUUCUACUAGUUUUGGUCCAAUUUCUAAAGGACUUGUUGUUGCUAAGGUUUCAGUUAUAAUCUGGCCUCCUAGUAGAUGGCAACUACUCCAAUCUCAAGUAAAUAAAUAAGUUUCACAAAUUCAAGACAUCGUUACUUAUCAAUUCGAGUUGAAAAGGAUAAUUAGCAUUCAGUAUAUAUGAUCACAAAUUAUGGUUAGAAGAAGAUCACAGCAUAAUAUUUCAAAUUUUAAUAGAUGUAUCUAUUUAAUAUAGUAUUAAUUUUUUAGUUUUGUAAGGUUGAAAUCUCAAAAUAUUGGUAA